UCGACCCAACCAGUUUAAACACAUGAUCUAUGUGUUACAUAAUAUUCUUGGAAAAAGAUUAUAGACGAAUAGUUCUUUGCAAAGCUAACAGUAUAGAAGGUCUUUGACGUAGUUGUAAAUUAGAAGCUAUAGAUAGAUGAUGAAGUAAAAAAUUCAUUUCUUUUUUUCAUAUCAGGUAUCUUAUCGUCAGACGUGUGAAGUACAAAGCUGACACAGUGUAUUGUAGGCCAAUGAAAGGUAUGAAUGUUUAGCGCCGAUUGUUACAACGCGUAGUAUGGCGGAACUUGUUAGCGUUUACUAUUCUUGAAUGCAAUUCGGUUAGAACACGAAAAUGGCAGUGCAUCCCUAUCUCCCCCCGACAGCAGCAGUUUUAAAGUAGAAAAUAUUUACCCACAACGUAAAAAUUAUCAAAAUCUAUAAAUAAAUUUAAAAAUAUAGUAAUAUUUAUGUUCGGUAAAAAAUGCGCAAUAACAAUCGCAUGCCGAUUAUUUAAGGAUAAAUUAUUCCGAAGAGCGAGAAUUAUUCCGAAACAUAUAGACGUCAGACUCAAAAAGUGCAUUCCCCGCUCAAUCACAGACGAUUGACGACAUUGCCAAUCGACGAUAAUCCUUUCACAGCGUCGUCGUAUGCACACGUAAUUCGCCGUGAGCUUCGCACGAGCGUCCGAUAAGACUGCAGAACGCAAUUCAUUUUACCGCAGCGAAGUGCAGUCCAAUAGACUUGUUCACGAUGAGUAUUAUUUGCGAGAAUGUAGACAUACUGCGCACUAUAUUUUUGUCAAUAUAGUUCUUGAUAGUCUGAGCAACAAGUCUUGGGGGUAAAAAAUGAUCGAAAUCAUGAAGAGUGAAAUUUUGGUUAAACAUUCGAAACUUUCCGUAUAAGGAACCUGUGGCAUGAAAACUUUGAUAACGAAUAACGAUGCACGUAGACACGGUAUAGGAAAGAAGAUAACUAACUAUAAAUUUAGUUGGCUCUCUUCGAUUAUCGCAUUCCGAUUACCGUUCGGUGAUCAGACUCAAUGUGACCUAAUUAUCUAAAUGUGAUUCUGUAUACUUGGGUAUAAUCAAGCAUUAUAUCGCAAUUUAAAGACAAUCGAAGAUCACAUCUAUACAUAGUGGAUACAAAAGAAAUAAAUUAAUUAAUCGGCACUUAAUAUUAACUCACGCAGCAUGAACAAUUCUCAUCGAACCAUGUAACAAUGUUACUCCAGCGCAUUAUCUUCAUUAUGCACAUCAGCUGGUUCGCUUAUGAAAAUGCUGCAAAUCGCAGCGCACUCGCGUCACUCCCAAACCCACCUGCCGCCGGUAAAAAAAUCGAAAAAAUCCCCCCAUUCGGAAAAGCUCCCCCAACAUACGUUCAACCCACGUGCUUUCGUAAGCGUCGUUCCUUAUCACACUGAAAAAAAAACACACACACACACAACCAUUUUAACUGAACUCGCACCAGUAAUCCGUCAUUGUACGAAGACAGUUUUUGCUGGUGUCCCGCGUAAGCGACCAAUUUUACGAGUCGCGACUCGCCAAAAUUACCAGUCGCACACCGUUACUUUUACUGAACAGUCGUUACGGUGGCAGAACGGUUAAAACUGCCGGACUUUACAGCAGAAACGACUGCGUUUUUUUUCAGUGCAAUAGCGCACGAGAAAGACAAGAGAGCGAGUGAGAGGGACGUGUAUAGGCGCCGGUUCGAAGCGCUACCAGCGUCAGUCUCGCUCGAUCGCUCGCCAGGCUACAAGCUCGCGCGCGAUGUUCCUCGUCGCGAUUCCGUAAUAGUACCACGCACACACACGCGCGCGCGCACGACCGUGUCCGAUGCUUGCGGAAGAAUUUAUUUUCGAACGAAAGCUGGAAACCGAAGAAGAGCGUCGCCGGGAACCGAAUGGACUGGAGAGAAUAAAUUCGUGGCUUAAUUUUGGUUGAUUUUCUACUGCACGAACAUGUCGAAGGCGAAAAAGGAAGACGAGGUGGAGCAGGUGGGACUGAAGAGGGAACUCGGACUGAUGAGCGCGAUCAGCAUGAUCGCCGCCGUUAUGAUCGGUUCGGGAAUCUUCGUCUCACCGGCGAGCGCACUGGCCCACUCGGGCUCGGUGGGCUUCUGCCUGAUAAUAUGGAUCGUAUGCGGCAUCCUGUCCCUCCUCGGAGCCCUGGCCUUCGCCGAGCUGAGCGCAGUGGUGCCCCGUUCCGGCGCCGAGUACGCCUACCUGAUGGACGCGUUCUCGCCGCUGCACAGAUACUUCGGCCCACUGCCGGCCUUCAUCUGCUCCUGGGUCUUCGUCUUCGUGCUCAGGCCGGCCGAGGUCGCCGUCGUCAUACUCACCUUCGCCGAGUACUUCGUCCAGCCGUUCGAGCCUUACGUCGGCGAGCUCACGCGUGAGCACUGGGAUCAUGUGAAGAAGCUCAUCGCCAUCCUGGCGUUAGGCCUGAUAGUCUACAUCAACUUGAGGAGUGUGAAGCUGUUCGUGAAAGUGCAAAACGUCUUCACCGUCUGCAAGAUCGCGGCCUGCAUUCUCGUGAUCGUCGGUGGUAUCUGGUGGCUGGCCACUGGACACACCGAACUACUCAGCGAUCCCUUCUUCAACACGACGACCAAGCCAGGCGAGAUAGCCCUGGCGUUCUACGGCGGUCUCUGGUCAUACGAUGGCUGGACAGCCGCAGCGGUUGUGGCCGAGGAGGUCCAGCGACCCGAGAUCAACAUCCUGCUUAGCAUCGUGAUAGCUGUCCCCAUCAUCACUGUCCUUUACGUCUCGAUGAACCUCAUGUACAUGUCGGCGAUUCCCGUGCAAGAGAUGAUCAGUGCACCGACGGUCGCCAUACUCUGGGCGAAAAACGUCUUGCCCGAGUGGCUCAUCUUCGCCAUUCCCCUUGGAGUCGCUCUCUCGACUUUCGGGUGUGCACUCAGUCUGCAGUUCGGUGUUGCCAGACUGUGCUACGUAGCGGGUCGCGAGGGCCACGUGCCGAGCUUCUUCAGCUGGGUGCACUACGAGCGAAUGACUCCCGCGGCUGCGGUCACGCUCCAGGGUCUGCUCAGUCUGUUCUUCAUGCUCGUCGGCGAUAUCCUCAAGCUCAUCGACUUCGCCAGUUUCCUCAUCUGGGUGUUCUACGGCCUCUCGAUGGUCGCCCUCAUCAUUAUGCGUCGCACCAAGCCUGACGUCAAGAGGCCCUACCGCGUGCCCAUCUUCAUACCCUGGCUCGUGCUCUUCAUUGCCAUCUUUCUGACGGUGAUGCCCAUCAUCGAUAACCCGUCGCUCAUGUAUCUCUUCGUCCUCUUCUUUAUACUGCUCGGAUGUAUGAUCUACCACUUUUAUGUCUACAAGAAGAGGAAGAGCAGGUUUGCACGUAAACUCACGUAUCUAGUCCAAAUGCUGUUCAUGGUCGUCGCGCCGGACGAGGUGGAGAGCGAGAGCGACGAGGCCGCGAGCAAAAAGCUGACCAAGGCGGCCAGCUAGAGAAGAAAGAAGACUUCCAACGAAAUACAACUCACUUAUGCAGCCAAGUGUAUAAACUCCCAACGAGAGGCUGUGAGAGUGAAAAAUUCAACCGAUAUAAGGUGUUCCGCAUUUAUACUCCGUGUUUUGUUGUAUAUUUCGGACAGCGUGGAGAGGGACAGGCGGAAAGAAAUGACGAAAGCGAACACCGUCCAUAUGAAAUAAAAAAGUCUCCUUUUUUUACUCUUAUAAAUAUUGUAUAAAUACAUAAAUAUGUAUCAUAAUGUACACAACCGACGCAGCGGACAUUUUUUACAAUAAAAUAUCUCUGUUAUCUUUGUUUUUUUUAAAUAUAUACUUACUAUAGAGUUUAUUUCUCCGUUUGAGUAUAAUUGGAAGAUGCGAGAGAGAGAGAGAGAGAGAGAGCGGCGCACGUAAUUGUGUAAAUCCAUUUUUAUAAAAUUGUACGCGAUUGAGUUGUUAAAUGGAUUUUGGUAUUUUUAUAAAAUUAAUAAACUUAUCUUCCUUAUUCUUUGAAA